UAUUGCUAGUGCUAAUAUGCGGUAGGGUUUUGCACUAAUAUUCCACUAUAAGUGUUUUGUAUAAUUCGGAAUGGCUGUUGAUGUUUAGAUCAUAACAUUUUAUGAAUGCGGUUUCAGAACUGACCAGAGAGAUGCGCAUCUGUAGUUUCUGACAUUUGGCCAGGUUCAUUCCCUAUAUACUCAAUUUUUACGGUAGACCUAAAGUCGCAAUUUCCCAGUGGCACACCGGCAGGGCGCAGCGAAAAUGUUUUCUUAGUCUUGCAACCCCCUUUUCUAAAACGUUGAAACAAAACUUAUGCUACUUUCAUUUCCUGCAAGGUUUUUUUGUGUUAUUUUUAUUUCGCCAUGCCAGAUGUAAGGAAGUGCAAAAACACCUUUUUUUUUUUUUUCAUCUUUUUACCGCGGUCUUUGAUGUACAAACGGAUGUCUUCCUGUUAUUGACAGAGAUAGAAGUAUAGUUCUGUGGCAGUCGGUCUCGCAUGCAAAGUAAGAUCAAGCAGAAACAAUCGAGAACGCAAAGAAAGACAAGAGUGCUCAUGGCAUCUCCUAACGUGAUAAUGGCACAGCCUCAGACGGUGACAGUGAGACAGCAUGUCACCACCGUUCAGAUGUCAACUGACUGGAGCUCUGGAACGUGUGACUGCUGUGAAGACAUGGCGAUCUGCUGCUGUGGGUUGUGGUGCCUCCCUUGCCUGGAGUGUCAUACUGCAUCUGAGUUCGGGGAGUCCUGCUGCCUGCCUCUGAUCGUCCCAGGUGCCUCCUUGGCUAUGAGGACUGGAGUGAGGGAGAGAUACAGGAUCCAGGGCUCCAUCACAAAUGACUGCUGCAUGCUGAGCUGGUGCUACCCUUUGGUUAUAUGUCAGAUGGCUCGAGAGAUCAAGAGGCGUAAGGGUGCCACUGCUGUCAGCACCCACAACUACACCCAGGUGGCCCAGUACUAGAGCCCAGGAUCGGAGCAGGGGGAAUGGGCUGGGAGCCGUGCAGGAACCCCCUGACUGCACAAGCAGGUGUAGCAGCUAUUUUAUAGGGAAGUGUCUAUAUUGGCAGCAAGAAGAUAUAUAUUCUAAAUAAUUGAUCACAAAAUAAAACAGGAUUGUAUGGUUGAAUUGCUUUUCAUUGUGCGCUGAUUAGAUGCAGUGGGAUUAUGACAGGCUGGUUUCAGAGAUUUCACUUCAGGGAUACACCAGCGCUGUCCGAGAUGCUGUUACAGAAACAGCGUCAGUUUAAAUUUGUAACCAUGAAAUAGUCCAGUGCAGUACUGCAGUUUUCUGACUCAUUCCCUUUAAGAAGUUUCAGUGAUUACUCAACACAUAAACAAUGCAUUCCCUGUUUCCCCUGUCCAGCUACUCAGCACCAAUCAAUACCAAUCUAAAAGUGUGAUUUAACAGAGAUCCAGUUGCGAUCAAAUUAAAUACAUUGAUCAUGUUGUAUCUGUUGUUUAAGAUCAUUUCCAUUUCACUUUGCUGCCUCAGAAAUGCAGCUCUGAGUGUAGUGCAUUGUGGGAUUGUAGUCAAUAUUUAACCUCAAAAACUACAUAUCCCAGUACCCAACACCAGUAGAUCAUUGGCUGUCAUUGGCUUAAGCCAGAGCUACAAAACGGGGACAAAUCAGGGAACAGUUCGUGUUGCACUAUUACAAAAACUGCAUAUCUGCAUUAACAUAAAACAAGCAACAAAUCUUCAAGAGCGGUGCCCUGGGGAUAGGAAUUGCUAUGGUUAGGACCGUUUCAGUGCAAUGGCAAAUAAUAAUGACAAACAGGCUAUCAGCUGAACUGCUUGUGGUGGUAUGAAAUAUCAGUUAUGAGAGAGCAGAACAUUCUUCCUGCGCUUGGGCAGUGUCUAUAUAAUGCAGCAACCGAAUAAAUACAAAUAUUUUCAACUGUUCACAUUUUUUUUUUUUUUGUAUUAUGCUCAUAACCCUGUCAUUCUCAGUGCUGUCUAGUGACCAGCCACUAUGCUCAGGUGUUUAACACAACACUUCUGCAGAUGCUCAAGAUACCCAAUAUAAGAGACAUUUUACUGGGGCAGGCAAAUAGAACAGCAACUAAACUCCCACCAGUCCUGGAGAGUCCGAUGAAGAAGAAAACCAGACAGACCGACAGUGCAAACACUAGAGCACAUGCAAGUCAAUGCUCAAAUGAGUUUUACUUCAGAACUUGAAGGUUUUGCAUUUCAUUUUACUGAAGAAAAAAAAAAAAAAUGCUUCUCGUUAACUGGACAGAAGCACGGGCAAGGGGAAUAACUCAGCCUCCACACAAGAGCGCCCCUUAUACACACAGACACACACACACACACACACACACACACAGACGCCACUGAUAAAGCGCGCAAAGACUAGUGUUGCAGAGUUAACUACACCCAUCUAAUUCUUGAAAUUAAAAGCUUAGGUAAAACACAGUUCUUUAUUUUUUUUGGUUUCUUGAAGACUUUACGGUUCUGAAGUGUCGCUAGUUAAUCUUAGACAGAAUGGAAUUGUGGUUAUCUGCACUGGUGACAGUUAAUAGCAAUGGAAAUGAAGACAGAUCUGCUGGAUUUUAAUCUACACCACUGUACAUAAUGAAAUUAUUCAAAGAAAGAACACGCAUGUACCGUCCCCCCUUCUUUCUGGCCUUGCUGUAGACCACUGUAUUUCUUGCCCAUUGAAACUUGCCUCAUAAAUAAACAUUAGAUUCAACAGCUAGCUUUUCGGUUAUUUCUCUAACCACUGUUAAAACUAUUUCAGAAUAUAUUCUAUCCAUUAAUAUCUGUCAAAUUUUUUUUUUAGGAAUUACAUGCAAGCCUGAUAGAAAACUAGACCAGUACAUAUCAUCGAGCUUCACUACAUAAAGCUGUGGAUAUUGAAACUGCUGGAAUCAAUAAACUGUCAUGUGAUGCAGGGGUCAAGCAAAACCACUGUGAAUUAAUGCACAUUUAUGCAAAUGUUUGCUAAAGAAUAAUUACUAUUAUAACUUCAAUGGCAAUCAUUUUGAAGUCACUGAGCAUCUUCAUUGAAGAAGACUUUUUGAGUCUAGAAAUAAGUUCAGUGACAAUUGUUUUAAAGUCAUUUAUAACACCGCAGACUAUAACUCAUACAAAACCCUGUAACCAAUGCGAAAUGAGAUCCAAGAAUCGAAGUUUCUAAAGUUUAUGAUGGUCAGGUAAGAGGUACAUGCUAUGAAGCUUACAAUUCACAAGAAAAACUCGACUAGACAACGCUGCCCCCCCCCA